AGUCCAGCCACAGGGAGCUUUUUUUAUUUUUGUAUUUUUAGGCUUCCACCAAGCGCAAAGCUGCCCAGGGGGAAUCAGUCGUUGGUCGGCGUCUCUUGUAGUCCUCCACCAGGAAGCCCCCCAGCCUCCCAGGAAGACCAAACAUGUCCGGCCAGCAGACACCAGAGGACGGCCUCUACGGUUCUUGGGUGAAACUGGAGGAGUUGAUCGCCGCCGUGAGCCGCAGGGAGAGUCUGACGGGGCCGGAGGACAGCAUCUCCUCCGCCCUGCAGGGGGAGCUGGAGAGGAUCCUGCUGGAGGCCCAGCUGGAGUGCGAGAGGAAUCGAGACAGUCCCCCACAGGUUGGGACCCCGCAGUCGAACGGCUCUCCGAGACCUCCUAGUGAUCCUGACAGUGAUUGUAUCACCAUACAGGAGGAGAAUGACAGGAGAGUGGACACUGAUUGGGUGUGGGACUGGUCCAGCAGGCCUGAAAACAUGCCGCCCAAAGAGUUCGUGUUUCAGCACCCGAAGCAGUCGAGCUCGCUCAGCAUUCGCAAGACGGAGGUGAUGAGGAAGAGAGGGAUCUUCUCGUCCGACGUGCUCCUCGUCCUCGUCCCCUCGCUGCUGGCCUCGCAUCUCCUCACGCUGGGCAUCGGAAUCUACAUCGGAAAACGUUUGGCCGCGUCCACAACUAGCACGCUGUGACAUUAGCUCCAGGCUAACCUAGCCCCUUCCCCAGUAAGGUCGCAACCAUAGUACCUCGCCCGUUUGCGUUUGUGUGUGUGUGUGUGUGUGUGUGGGCGCGUGCGCGUGCUUGCGUGUGCGUGUGUAGCUAUGUUGUUAGGGCCCUUCAGGGGGCUUGGGGUGGGGGAUGAAUGUUGGCCACUGAGUCAUGUUGAGGUCACUUCAGCCUCUAAAAACUAAUGAAAGAGAAGACCAGAUGAUCCAACCAAAAAAAUUUACUUUUUAAAAAAAAUUUUUUUUUUUUUAAAAAAGAACACACAAAACAAAGAAGCGGACGCCGUGUUCGUGUAAUAUUUGUCAGCCCUUCGGACAACCUUGGGGGUGGAAAUAAAAGCUGUCAUUUGUCACAAGUCAUGACUCUUUGUACAUCUGAAAUGUAUUUUUUCCUACCCCUGUCGUGUAUUUAAAGCAGACUUGUUCGCGGGAGUCAAUGUGGAGCGCUUGUACUUUUUUUGUCCCUUAAUCCAAUUAAAUGUAUAACCUCCCCCAAAGACAAUCAUGAUCCCAUUAAACGUCGCUCCUACAAACCCUCA